AAUAUACUUAGUUACUGUCCUUUUGUGUUCAUUUCCGGUACUGGAUUUUUUAAAAAUCAUCGUGGAGCUCAGAUGUACGAGCUCACGCUUGGUCCGUGAACGCAGCAUUAGUUCCCAAGGUGACGUCAGGCUGUGAGUCUGGGCUGGGCUGGAAAAACAUGUAACGGUGCUCACGGCAUCCUUUACUGACACCCAAUUCACCAAAAGAGACCAACUCCCUUCCAUCACAUUGGGACUUUGCGGGGUGGUGGGGAAGGCCUAGUCCCCCACCUUGAUCAGGCCAGAAACCCCACAGAUCCCCUCCUGCUCACUGACACACCAGGAGCCAUGAGUACAGGCAGCGCAGGCAAGGUCAGCGGGCUCAAACCCCCCAGUAAAAUAGUCCGUCCUGCUGGGGUGCCGUCAAGGACGUCCCCAUCCUCCGGUGCUCCAAAACCAGUUCCUCCAGAGAAGUCCCCCGGCGGCGUGACCUCCCCGACCCAGGACGGAGCUGGCGACUUUCAGACCGGAGAGAGGGUGUGGGUCAACGGCAACAAGCCCGGCUACGUGCAGUUCAUCGGGGGCACGCAGUUCGCUCCGGGGCAGUGGGCGGGCAUCGUGCUGGAUGAGCCGAUCGGGAAGAACGACGGGUCGGUGGCGGGGGUCCGGUACUUCCAGUGUGAGGAUGGGAGGGGGAUUUUCACGCGGCCUUCGAAGCUAUCAAGGACUGCGCUGCCGGAGAAGGAGGCAAACGGGGGGCAAGCCAGCCCGGCACAAGCCAGCCCGGCACAAGCCAGCCCGGCACAAGCAGCCUCGGCACAAGCAGCCUCGACAGCAGCAGGCGACCCGGCGCAAGCGUCCGCACCUGCUGGCACUACCUCAACCGCUCAGGGCUCUGCCAUAAAGAGCGCCGCUCUCAACCGAAUGCUGACAUCCAGCGAGUCGGUAUCGAACCUCUCAGACACAGAAUCCAUGAAGAAGAAUAAAAGGGAGCUGAGGCUCGGAGAUCGCGUGCUGGUCGGUGGUACCAAGGCAGGAGUAGUUCGGUUUCUGGGGGAGACAGAGUUUGCUAAAGGAGACUGGUGCGGAGUGGAACUAGACGAACCUCUUGGCAAGAACGACGGAGCUGUAGCAGGAACCAGAUACUUCCAGUGCAUGCCCAGGUACGGUCUGUUCGCUCCGGUCCACAAGGUGACACGCAUCGGUUUCCCCUGCACCACACCUACCAAGGCGAAGAGCUCACAGAGGAGGUCCCUCCUCAAGAGGAGUCCCAGCGCCUCCUCCAUCAGCUCGCUCAGCUCCGCCACCUCCUCGGUCAGCGGCAAACCCAGCCGAGCGGGACUGCUGACGGAGACGUCCGCUCGGUACGCUCGCAAGAUUUCUGGCACCACGGCGCUGCAGGAAGCUCUGAAGGAGAAGCAGCAGCACAUCGAACAGCUGCUAGCGGAGAGGGAUCUGGAGAGAUGCGAGGUCGCGAAGGCAACCAGCCACGCGGGAGAGGUGCAGCAGGAGAUGGCUCUGCUGAGGAAAGGACGGGAUCAGUAUGCGAUGGAGAUGGAGACAAAGUUGGAUCAGUUACGUUCGCUGGUGGAAGCAGCAGAUCGAGACAAAGUGGAGAUGCUCAACCAGCUGGAGGAGGAGAAGAGAAAAGUGGAAGAUCUGCAGUUUCGUGUAGAGGAGGCGUGCAUCACCAGAGGAGACCUGGAGACGCAGACCAGACUGGAGCAUGCCCACAUAAAGGAGCUUGAGCAGAGCCUGCUCUUUGAAAAGACCAAAGCUGAAAAACUCCAGAGGGAUUUAGAGGACACUAGGGUGGCCACGGUGUCUGAGCGCUCCAGGAUCAUGGAGCUGGAGAGGGAGGUGGCGGAUCUCCAGCUCCGGCUCCGGGCGUCCCAGCAGAAGGAGGACGCUGUGUCUCUGUCCCAGCAACAGAUGAGCAGCCUCAAGGCCCAGGUUCAGUCUCAGGAGAAAAAGAUCAGUGAGCUGAGCGUCGACCUGGAGAGCAAACAGAAGGAGUUUCAGUCUGUACAAGAAGAUAAGAGCUCUCUGGAACAGCAGCUGACCAGCCUGAGGCAAAAGCUGGAGAUAACCGAGGAGGAGAACAGGAAGACGGCAAAGAACAUGCAAGAACUGGAUCAGAGUGUGGAGCAGUCGAAGAAAGAGCAUCAAACCCUGAAAGAGGAGAGCGAGAGCCGAGAGAAAGAGCUGAAAGCCCAGUUAAUACAGGCGACUGAAAAGUCAGAGAGGACGGCGCAGUCGCUGGAGCAGCUGACCAAUGAGAAUAAAGCACUGGAGACACAGCUGGAGGCUUUGAAACAGCAGAACUCCAAAUACCAGGAGGAGCUCAGUCUGUCGAAGGAGCGCAGCAGCUCAGAAAACCAGCGUAUCGGAGUCCUCUGCAAGGAAAUUGAGGAGCUGAAGCUGGCCUCCCAGAAGUCUCAGCAUCUUGAGGAGCACAAUGAGGACUUUAACAGUCAACAGCCAGACAUGAAAACCAGAGAAACCAUCUCUAAUCAGGAAACAGACUUCCAAAAAUCCACCGGAGCCUUAAUCUCAGACAAAGAUCGGGAGCUGGAAACUCUGAGGAAUGAGAUCGCCGUGCUGCGAGGAGAAAACGCCAUGGCCAAGACGCUGCAGACGGCCGUGGAGACGCUGGAGAGAGACAAAGCUCAGCUGCAGAGUCGCGUUCAGAGUCUGGAGCAAAGGCUCAUGGGAACGGAGACCUCAGAGGGAGAAGACAGGGAAGUUCCACCUUCAGGUGAUGCAGCCGUGGAGCAGCUGAGGGAGGAGAAGGAGUUCGCUGAGGGACAGAUCAACUUCCUGAACAGCGUGAUAGUCGACCUGCAGCGGAAGAACGAGGAACUGAAGAUCAAACUGAAGAAACUCGCUCUGGCUGAGUUCAACGGCAACGACGGGACCGAUGAUUUCGACAAAGGUGUCUCCAAGCGGGCGAAGAAGGCGACUCCGCGUCUGUUCUGCGACAUCUGCGACUGCUUCGACCUCCACGACACAGAGGACUGUCCCACUCAGGCCCAGAGCCCCGACUCCGUACCUCACUCCACCUAUCACGGCAACCCGGCCGACGAGCGCCCGUACUGCGACAUCUGCGAGGCCUUCGGACACGCCACGGAGUCCUGCAACGAUGAUCAGACCUUCUAGAGUCUCCAAAAUCCAAAAUUUUCCUGCACUCCCCUUUUUCCCUCCUUCUUCUUCUACCCUUAAAACACAUUUCACUCUCCCCGUUACAUUCCCCACAAUCCAGCCCGCCAUGCCUGACUAAAGUCCCUGCAGAUUUUUUCCAUAAUGUAUUUUUAUACUGUAUUUAUGCAUAUCACUGGUAGCUGGUAACUGUCCUGAUCUAAAUCCUGCAGAUAAACUGUUCUGUAAUGCAGAAUGCUCGUCCAAAUAUGCUGCUUUGGUGCAAUAUUGAUGUUUAUAACAAAAGGAGUCCGUCCUCUGCACUCGCUGUUUUUUACGUGUUGUUUUGCAUCCGAGUUUGUAUCUUAAAAAAAAAAAAAAGCAUAAGUGAUGUUUCACACAUACAUUAUUUUUGGGGGCUUUAUUUGUAAAUUAACAACAAAAAAAAAAAGAUGGAAAACAAUUAAGCACAGUUCAGACUGAAGGGAAGACGAAGCAUCCGUCCGAUUCUACAUUCCUGUAAAGCUACGAACCAAUCCAAGUGAAACUGCCAUGUCAAACGUUUUAUGUUCGGUGACGUUUUACGAAGGCUUUCUUCCAGCGUAUCAACCUGCAGUAUGCUUAAAAAGAAACUGGUUCUUGUGACGGGUAACGGCAAAAAUGUUUACAGUUGUUCACAACUCAAAGACGGAGUGAAACGUUGGAAUAACGGUGCACUUUUUUGGUCAGUCCGUCCUCAAAGGCAUUCAAAACAGCGACCUCAGUUCCUCAGUUUUACACAAGAAAAAUUAUAGAAGUAGUUGUGUGAAAAAUUGAAAAAAAAACUUGUCACCUCGGCACUCCUGACCAAUCGCUGCGUUCAGAAAGUUACUGAUAUGUUAUUAUUACUUUCUAACAAGCACUUCUUUUAAAGCAUACUGAGGCCUUCAGUGUUCAAAAACUAAUAAUAAUACCACAAACUUGAGUGAAGUUCAGUUUUGACCUUGGAGAAAAAAAAAAUCUUCAAACUCAAGGUCCACUUACGAGCUUUUUCCAGAGUUUCCGACUGCAUCUUCAUCAGUGGAUUUUUUAGUUUUCUGAAGUUUUCUUGGAGUUCAAGUUUACUCAAAACCCGACAGAUGCAAAAAUAAAUACGGUUGAUUUUUUAGUGCUGUGAGUGGACGUUGUUGUCCUACAAUGAAAGCCUGUAAGAAGCCUGAGAGGCAAAACCUGAAGGGUAAAAAACAGUCCCGCAGAGUUUUACUCCACCUGCUGAUGAAGACUGUGAGAUGCGGUUGAAAGCUCCACAAAAAGUCAGUAAAUGAAGCUCUAGAAGAACAUUUUUAAAGUCUGAAACAAUAAAUCAGGGCUUAUGCAGCAUUUUUUAAGCUUUAAGAUAUUUUUUUGUCAAAGUGCGAUUUAACUAUUUAAUAGAAAUUGUCUUACAAAUAUAUCAGUAGUUUAACAAAACGAUGUCACUUCAGGGUCCACUUCUGUUCUGGAGUUUUCACUCAUAAUCACACGAUCUUCUUCAGCAGAUGGAGUCGCCCAGUUGUCGAAUGAAUGAAUUAGAUUUUACAUUUUCAUCCACAUUUGCUCGAAAGUUGAGGUUUAAAGUUCAGCUACAAUUCCAUGACAACUGAGCAACUUGAUCGAAAGCUCCAGAAAACCUACUAAAAGGACCUUGUGGUGAAACUGCUCUAUCAACUACUGUCUCCAAGGUCACGAAUGAACUUUCAGUCUCAACGUUUUUUGUGUAUUUUCUUUCCCAUCGGUCAGCGUACAGGUUAAUAUCCUCGAAGAAUUGCCUCCGAACGUUACUGAGAAUUUGUUGUAGUUCAUGAUGAAGUUGUUGCAAUUUGUUAUUUAUUGUCUGAUCUGUCACUAACCAGUAAAUAUUCCUACAGAGAAAUAAGCUAGCACUGAUUAAAGUGUAUAGUCUGUAGUAGGACUACUGUAGUAUAGGUGGGCUUUUAAAAUGCAUCUGCCUCAUGUUACAGGAACAACGCCCAGAUGAAACUAUUGAAGCCUCUACGAACUAACUUAAAUAUUUGCACUGUCCACUUUAAAGAUUCAAGAAACAUACGGCGCUUUAACUUUUAAGAUUCUAAACAAAAGUUAUUUUAUCACGAAGGCCAGUACAGAUGAUUUCAUUGUGCUGUCCCGUUUCAUACCGCCCUCUUUAAAGCUAAAGUGUGAUGUUUUGGGAAAUACGUUUAUUCAAUUUCUAGUGGAGUUUUAGCCCUAGACGAAGAGAUUAAUACCACUCUCAUAUCUGUCCGGUACAUAUGAAGCUGCAGGCUUAGCUUUAAGGGGACGUAUCAUGCAUAUUUACAGGUCUAUAUUUAUAUUCUGGGGCUCUACUGAAUUAUCUUUGCAUGAUUUAC